ACCUAUCUGGCACAACAUAUGCGUACGCAUGAGACCAAGCAGCCGUUGCAGUGUUCUUUCUGCGGAUUGGAGUUUUCCAAAAAAGAUCAUCUGAUCAAUCAUACCGCCUCACACACCGGAGAAUAUCCGUUCAAAUGCGAAAUUUGCGGUAAGGCAUUCGUUACUAAAGCUCAGCUUUCGCAACACAUGCGCAUACAUACCCGGAAAAGACUGUACGAAUGUGAGCAAUGUGGGAAAUCGUUUCACGGACAGGUUGUUUUGAAUCGUCACCAACGCACUCAUACCGGCGAACGUCCCCACGAAUGUGGUGCUUGUGGAAAAACCUUCACUCAGUUGUUCCAUCUUCACCGUCACAUGCGAGUUCAUACCGGCAAGAAGCCUUAUAACUGUGAAAUGUGUUCCAAAGCAUUCGCCAGUCGGGAAGAGUUGGACCUACACCGGCGUAUUCACACCGGAGAACGACCACACAGCUGCGAAAUCUGCGGGAAGACAUUCGCGCAUCGCAGUAACCUCAACACUCACCAGCAAUUGGUACACUUCAAUAUCAGACCGCACGGGUGUGCGGUUUGUGGAAAAAACUUCUCCCGUCGGGGCAAGCUGGUUGCGCACAUGGUCGUUCAUACCGGACGCGGUUUACACAAGUGUGAAUUUUGCGCAAAAACGUUCGCCCUCAAACGGGGGCUGAUGCGGCACCGACGGCUUCACACCGGUGAACGGCCGUACAUGUGCGAGGUUUGCGGCGAGGCAUUUGUUCAAGUUGCCCAUCUGACCCGGCACAAGCGGUUGCAUGCCGCCGGGCCGUCGACGGAAGCGACGGGAUGUGGAGAAGUUAGCUGCACAUUAGAAUGAAAAAUAGUAUUCGUUUAGAUCACCAACCCGGCUGAAUGCUCGCCGACAUAUUUCACAUUUGUACUGCCGUUCGGUUUUUGCUUUACUACCCUCGUGACGAACAACGUGCUUCCUCGGGCAUCUGUCGUUAAUAAAUGUUUUGACACAU